CAUUCUUCCACACAUCCAUCCAUCCAUCCAUCCAUCCAUUCAUCAUUCAUCUAUCUAUCCAUCAUCACCUACCCUGGGGGAGAGGCAACCUCUCAGGUGCGAAGGCAAAGAGAAGGGAAAAUAAGGAAGUUAGGAAGAAAGAAGGCAAGAAGGACAAGCUAUCACCCCCGGGCGGGGGGCGCGAGGAAAAGGGGCCCCUUUGGAGAGAAGGCGAGACCGCAGAGGGCUGGCACACGUGGGGCAGCAAGCGGCGUUGGCAGCAGAGGAGAAGGAGGCGCGAGGUGCUUGGGGACCGCCGCGGCCAAGGUGCCACCCGAGAUCUUAGCGAGCCGACCCCUCCUCGCCCCGUGGCCCCCCGCGGCAAGGGGAUCCUCCAGCAUCCUCUACAGCCUUCCACGUGACAGGUGUGCGAAGAAGGCAUGGCCUUAGCCCUUGACCGAAGGGCGGACCCGCUGAACCUAGGCGGCGGCUGGGCCUCCCCGUCGCCUCUCCCUCCUUGGUCCCCGUGCCACCGACGGCGGAGGAGCACCGCGAUAUCCCGACGGCGCCACCGCUCCGGACCCAAGUCGGAGUACGCGGAGCUGCGAAAGCAGGCGAAGCACCAGCAUGACCCCGGCCCACCGUGGCCCCAUGCUCAGCGGCGCCCCGAGCGUUCGGCCAGCCCCACCUGCUGGGGACCCGGGGGCUGGUGGACCCCGGGCCCGUGGCGUUGCCCGCCCGUGGAAGUUUGGAAGCCGCCGGGCAGUGUGCAGGUGGUGCGGGUCUACGGACUGAGGCCUCCCUGUCCGUGCUGCUGCUCCUGCUGGAGCGGGCCCGACAAGCCGGGCCCUGGGCGGCUCUACCGCAAGAAGAAGAAGAAGCGCUGGGGCAGGAAAGGCCGCGGCGUGAGGCGCGGCCGCCCCCGCCGCCCGCUGCAGAACAGCCCGCCCGUGGACCUGAGCGCCCUGCUGCGCCCGGUCAACCUGUACGGCCGUCGGGCGCCCGGCAUGCGCGCCCCGCGCAACACCACGCAGUUCAUCAUGAACCAGGUCUACGAGGACAUGCGCAAGCAGGAGAAGCAGGAGCGGCGGCAGGAGGCCCUGCGGGCCCGGCAGGCCGCGGCCGCGGCUGCAGCUGCGGCCACCGCGGGGCAGGCGCCGGGUGUCCCGGCAGCCGCGGCCCCCCUGGACUGUAGCGGCGUGCUGCAGCCCGUGCGCAGCCGGGACGACGAAGACAAGGAAAUGUGGCUGCUGCAAGAGACUUUCUGCAGCUUCGUCCAGAACCAGCUCUACUGCCUCGUGCCCAGCCCCGCGGCCGCCGUCGCGGAGGACGAGGAGGAGGAGAACGAAGACGGGGCAUGUGCUCCACCUUUCUCUGCAGGAGGGGGAAUAGAGGAGGAGGAUGGGGAAGAGGAGGAGGAGGAGAAAGAUGAAGACGAGGAGGAGGAGGAGGAGGAGGAAAGAGAAGAGGAUGAAGAGGAGGACCUGGAGGCGAGAGAGGAGGAAGAAGAGGAGGAGGACAAUGAGGAAGAGGAUGAGGAAGAAGAGGAGAGGUAUGGAGAGGAAGAAGAUGAAUCUGAGGAGGGGGACGAGGAUGAAGAGUUCAAAGAAGAUGAGAACAAGGAAGAACUGAAAGAGGAGGAUGACAGUGAAGAGGAGGAGAGGAGGAGGACCCCUACUCUAGAGGCUGCUCCUACUCAGGCCUUGAGCAAGGGUCUCGCCCCAGCCUCUACUUCCGAAGAGACCCCAGCUCAAACUCUGGAUGAGGUUCUCAACUCAAUGCCUCCUCCCCAGACCUCUACUUUGGAUGGGACCCCUCUUCAGGCUCCAGACAAGGGUAUCGCAGUGGCAUCUUCUCCCCUGAUCCCUUCCCCUCCUCCGGUGUCAGAGACUAUUCACCAGUUGGCAAAUGUGACAGCUUAUGUUCCCCCGGAAAUCCAGCAAUCUCUGGAUUCCUUAGCAAAAUUGCUUCCAAGGCUCAUGGCUGACGCCCAAAAUGAUGAUGACGAUGAUGAUGAUGAUGAUGAUGAUGAUAUUGAUAAGAAGGAGAUAAAUGAGACAAAGGAAUCCAAGGAGAAGAAGGAGGAGGAGGAGGGGGAAAUUUGA